AUGUCUGGUCGAGGAAAAGGAGGAAAAGGACUCGGGAAAGGAGGCGCCAAGCGUCACCGUAAAGUUCUCCGUGAUAACAUCCAGGGCAUCACCAAGCCCGCUAUCCGCCGUCUUGCCCGUCGUGGCGGUGUGAAGCGUAUCUCCGGUCUGAUCUACGAGGAGACCCGCGGUGUCCUCAAGGUGUUCCUGGAGAACGUGAUCCGUGAUGCCGUCACCUACACCGAGCACGCUAAGAGGAAGACCGUCACCGCCAUGGAUGUUGUCUACGCUCUGAAGAGGCAGGGGCGCACCCUGUACGGCUUCGGCGGUUAA